AUGACUGGGAUUGAACUUGAUCCCAUGUCUUCAUCCAAAUUUUCCCAUAUCCGUUCGUCCAACUCACUCGACAAGUCCCAUGCAUCCUCAGAGUCGUCUCUACUCUUCAAUGUUCGUCGUGAAGGCGAACAGACAAAAUCUCAAGCGGCUCCCGGAAGCUAUCAAGUUAAAAUCCUCUUCCCACCAGUAUCAGCCUCGAACUCAAAACUGGAUAAUUGUGUCGAAGAUGACUGUGACUGGCUGCUUGUAGAUCUGUUCACUCUACCUCCUGAUGCUCUCGAGAAGGUGCUCAGACCAAACCAGAUCUCUGGAACCGAAGUCCGAGGCUUUGCGGCCGGAGAUGUCGAAGAUCAGGGGUUUGUCACGAUUUCCGUGCUCGGAGGUCUGAGAACAGGCGUCUUGACUAACAUUUCCUCGACCUUGAACAUCAAUGGCUCGCGUUACGAGGCGAUGCUAAUCACAAUGGACAAACUUCUGCCCCUAGGUACCUCUGGCAUCUGGGUCAAAAAGGGUGACUGUGUUGCCGGAUACAUUAUUGCGGUGCGACAAGAUCUCCCCUGGGCGUAUAUGAUUCCGAUGGGAGAUGCCAUCACGGAUAUGAAGAAGACGCUUCGCACAAACGAUGUCCGCAUACCAGAAGCUGCUGAAGUCGAGGUAUUGAGAGAGCGGUUCAUUUCAAAAGCAAUGACAAACUAUGACCAAGAAGACUCGAACUUGACUGGUCUGUCUCCGAUGAACAGUAAAUCUACGAUGGCCUUGGAUGUUGAGGAUUCCACAGCCGAACUAAGGAGCGACCCUCAUACCACAAGGGACUCUCUCGUUCUAUUGGGAGGUUUAUCUCCCUCACAAUACAUCCCUAGUCGCCUCGGAAGCCACCUCGUUUCGAACUAUCUCCAUGAGGUUUCCGUUCCGCAAUCCCCUGCCUCAAAGCUGCGACAAGCACUCGAGUGGAGAAUGGAGCGCAAUUGGGAGCACCAGAAGUUCAUUUCACAUAGAGAGAUCGACAUACUCAUCACCAAAGAAGUUGUCUCGGAACUGCUUCGCGAGGAUGUCUCUCUCCGCGAGACCAUGCCGUAUUUGUCGGACAACAUGAGAGGGACCCUGAUCAAACACAUCAAAACCUUUACACCUCGAUUACUCUGCUUGUGUAUUUAUGUGGACUUACCGUUGGCUUGCCUGUGUGAGCUUCUGGAUUAUGGUGUGGAUGACUCCAACCUUCCUCUAUCUAUUGAACAAUGUCCCGCAGUGAGAUGGCGAACACAGUGGGACCUGAUGAUCCAGGCCCAGGGCAUCUUUCUGGCCCUUGAGUUUCCAAGCGACUUGCUUUUUCAAGACUGCGAAGUCUCCGAAAACAUAGUUCUCCCAUUCCUUUCAGAAACUCCAAAGAAGCUUAUUGGUGAGGGCAGCUUUGGGCGGGUCUACAAGGUCAAGAUCCAUCCAGACUACGAUGUCUUCUCUGCCAAAGAGACCACGCCAAGACAUUAUGCUUUGAAGGUUUUUCAAGGAGGCGCCCAGCAUGAGGCCGCCUAUAGAAAUGAAGUCUCAUGCCUUCAGCAACUAUCGAAAACCUUCCAUGAACACAUCAUGACAUCCCACGCAUCUUGGCGACAAGGGGACCGCUAUUUCCUACUGAUGACAGCCGCUGACGGUAACUUAAGCGAGUUCUUGAGUACAAAAGAAAGUCCAAAUCUGUCGUACAGGAACAUCGAAUGGCUCCUCUUGCAAAUACGGGGGCUGGCGGAUGCAUUAUCGGUAAUACACAAUGCAUUAUCGACAAUAUACGGCGCGGCUACGGAGUCUGAACCAAGAUACACCGGAUUUCAUCAUGACAUCAAACCAGCAAACAUACUCGUAUUUAGCAAAGACGCCGAGCAGCUUACGUUGAAGAUCAGUGAUUUCGGCAUGGCUCGAUUUGGCCCUUGCUUAAAUACUGAGGGGCUGGAGUCGGAAAGUUACUUCACCCGCCGCAGUCCAGAUAUCAAUGCUGCAUACGGAGCACCUGAGACGUAUCAGUCAGGACAACUAUCGAGGAGCUAUGACAUCUGGUCUCUUGGCUGUGUUUUUACCGAUGUUUUGGUGUGGUUCCUAGGAGGAGCUAAUUCCGAUCCAAAGACUUUUACUUUACAGAGGUCCCAGGAGAUACUACAUGCCAAAGGAAAAACCAAUGGUUCAUUUUGGUACAUCGAUGCAAGAGGAGAUGCACAUGUGAAGCCCAUUGUCGUCAAAAGGUUGUUAGAGCUUAGGCUUAGGUGUUCUAGGCUCUCAGCCCUUGCAGGUCUUGUCGACAUCAUUUGCAGUAUGCUGACUGUUGACCCUACAAGUCGACCUAACGCCUUUAUUCUUCGUACCGAGUUAGACAAACUUGUUCUUCAGGCAGAUGACGGUGCCUUGAGACCUAGUUAUGGAUACCUCUGCCACUGUCUGACAAGAGAGGGGGAAGAUUGGGACCAAGUAUCGAGAGCAAAGAUUUACAAAUUUCUUGGAGAAAUUGAGGAGAAGAUGAGAACUAGCAAACGCGCUUCCUUGCGUGGACAGGUGAGAAGAAUGUACCAGCUCCGCCGACAGAUUGAGACUCUCGUUUGGAAUGUGCACGACAGGGAAGCCGGCAAGGUUUUCUGGGAAGCCUUUGACAUGAACUAUCACCGGAAGUCCAAUGCUGUCAAGGUCACAUCGAACAUGGACUUCGUUAAAAUUGUGGCCUACAGCUACGGCAGACCAACGACGGACGGUGAACUACUAUCACUUAUGAGGAGCAUCGCUACCUUCCCUUGCUCCAUACAGCACCGAUUCAUGGUAUAUUUCAGUCUCACGACAGACCUGGUGUUGGUCCUCAAACCCCGCCAAGGGACCUCAAGUCUUACGCGCGAUGGAGGACGAAUUAGCCUCAGAAAUCUGGUUCCCUCCGACCAUGCCUUCCUUGCAGCGUCCAGUAAUGGUGACUUACCUACAAUGCGGAAGUUCCUGGCUAGCAAGGAAGCUUCUCCGUUCAUGGUCACCGACGGAGGCGUGACUCCGUUGUGCCUUUCCAUCCAGAACGGCCAUGCGGAAGCUGUGGACUUGUUACUGACAGAAGGAGCCUACGUGAAUGAGCCCUUUGGCCGGAAAAUGGCCACUGCACUCUCUUGGGCGUUGAAGCAUCGCCGCGAGGAUAUAUGCCGGAUGCUGUUAAGACGCGGUGCUAACUACCAUGAUCAAAACGUCUAUGGCUGGUCACCUAUAUUCUACUUGUGGUCCCAGGGAGAACGAAUUGAGGACAGUCGGUUGACCGUCCUGAUUGAAAUGCUCCGAGCAAGGGAUGACGAGUUUCCGUGGCUUCAUCAGAACAUUGUUGACACGGCAGGUUGGGGCUUGAUGCAUCGUGUGGCUGUCUUCGGAACGCCAGCAGACGUCAAGAUGCUGAUAAGAGCCGGUGUGGAUGUAUUCCAACCUUCUGGACAUAAUAACUGGCAAGCCCCCCAUUUCGCCGUUCAAUUUGGGGUGCAUGACAACUUCCUCAUAUUGCUUGCGGAAUAUGAGCGGCGCUAUGGCUUGACCAAGGCAAUAGAAAUGUCCGACUCUACGGGUUGGACCAUGCUGCAGAUUGCGAUUGCUGGAGGACACGAAGAAGUGGUAAAAGGAGGCCGUGACGAGAUUCUUCGCACUCUCUUGGGUUUGGGAGCAGAUCGGGAAGCCCAGACAUGGCCUGUGUCGGAUGAGUCCUCAGAUGAGUCCUCGGAUGAGUGGUAUGACGCGGAAGAGGAGUUGUGGCAGGAUCUUGACCCAAUCCCGGGGUCAGGUAAGUUGACUGAUUGA